AGGGGAAAGAUAAGAGAAACUCCACCUCCUCAAGCAUCCUCAUCUUUCAAAUGAGUCACAUUUUACUUGAUAUAGGAAAGAAAAUAAAAAUGAUAGAAAAUCCUGAAAUUCUGGUUUCUGUUAAAAAAAUCCAGGAAAUUCUUGCUCAAGUUAACACCACACGUUGAAUAUAAAAGAGGACAAAGGCAAUCAAAUUAUUGACACUCCAAAAUAAGCAGUUAAAACAACCAUUUAAAAAAUAUAGGAUAGCAAAAAAAAAUGGAAGAAGCAUUGAAAGCAAUGGCUACUGUAAAUGUACAAGAUGUAACCCAUGAUCUUCGUCCAUUUCUAGUGGUCUACAAAGAUGGAAGGGUGCAGAGGUUCACUGGCACCCAACAUGUUCCGGCCUCGACCGACACGGUCACGGGGGUGGAGUCCCUAGACGUGGCUGUGCUCCCGGAGGAAGAAGGCGGUGUAUCGGUGCGGCUAUACAAGCCUGCAGGAGGAGACGUUGGACGGCUACCCGUGUUGAUUUACAUUCAUGGAGGAGGAUUUUGUAUUGAAUCAGCUGCAUCACCUAUGUACCAUAAUUAUCUGAAUGGCUUAUGUUCUAAGGCCAAUGUGCUGGUUGUGUCUGUUGAUUAUAGGUUGGCUCCUGAGCACCCUGUUCCUGCUGCCUACGAGGAUUCGUGGGCGGCGAUUAAUUGGGUUGGUAAGGGAGAUGGGCAGGAUGUUCACCCUUGGAUUAAGGAUCGCGCUGAUCUGUCUCGAGUUUUCUUGGCAGGGGACAGUGCUGGUGCUAAUAUAGCACAUCAUAUGGUCAAGCGCCUAGGAAAAGAAAAGAUUGAGAACUUGGGGUUGAAAGGUGUUAUACUAGUCCACCCAUAUUUCUGGGGUAAGGAUAAAAUUGGGUCUGAGCUUCAGAAGAUCAAGGCUUCUGGGGGGAACCUGGCAGAUGAGCUGUGGGGAUUUGUAUGCCCUGGAACGAGUGGGUUGGAUGAUCCGUUUAUAAACCCGGCCACAGACCCGGAGUUGGCGGAUUUGGCCGUAGAGAAGGUGAUGGUGUGCGUGGCGGAGUUGGAUACUCUGAGGGACAGGGGUUUCCAGUACAAGGAGGUCCUGCAGAAGAGUGGCUGCAAGGCUAAUGUUGAAGUGGUGGAGACAUUAGGUGAGAGCCAUGUGUUCCAUUUGCUCACCCCUGGCUCACCCAAUGCUGCCCCUUUUAUGGACCAGGUUGUUGCCUUCCUCAACUCAUCUUAAACUGAUGCAGUAGAAGCUGAGUUUUCUGAAUUUUAGACUAUCAUAAUAAAUGACACUAUUGUACUAUGCCUUGUUAAUUAUUAUAAUUAAUGCAAUGCUUUCGGUCCAUGUGCUGAGUUAAGGCA